GGGAGAGAGCGUCGGCGCGUGCGCACUAGCGGGCAGCUCCUUGGGGCGGGGGCCGCGGGAAGGUGGGCGCAUGCGCUUCGGCGGGCAGCUCCGGGCGGUCGGCUCUCUGGUGUCUCCGCUGAUCUGGUCAGGCCGCCAGGGCCCUCCUGGGCAUCUUUCCGCUACAGCGUUGUCGGCGGGCGGCCCCAGGGGUUGUCAGCGGCCGCAGGGGUCCCGGAUCCCCUCACUCUGCACACUACCUCCCCAUGAACCCUGGCCGAGAGCGGGGCGCGCCAAUCCCAGGAAGACAGACAAGCUCCGUCAAAGGGUGUCUCCGGAGGUGCCGGCGUGAACUCCUCCUUGAGUUCACUGGGACCCCGACCCUCCCACCAUGCUACCCUCCACGGGAUGGGAGCAAUCCGGCCUGGGGAGCGCAGUCCUUGUGCCCACUUAACAGGAGAGAGCUGGAGGCGCUAGAAUCCUCCGGCCCCAUCAGUAACUGAACCUGCCCAGGGCCCCUGAGAGUCACGUCCUGAAUCUCCUUGUCUGGCCACCAGUGAGGCAUGGGGAUGGGGAGCAUUGCCAGAACCUGGGCCAGGUGGGGUCUGCCAUGGGCAAGCCUGGCCAGCCCCUGCCUAUGGGGAGAGCUGGCCUCAUAAAAAUAGUUUCACUGUUUCCCCAACUGAAUUUUCCACCCAGCCCAUGAAUGGGGUCAUUAUGCAACAGUGGACACUGCACUGAGGCUUGCUUUCUGCUCCCACAGUCCCCUCCCUGGCCCUGGGGUGGGGGGGGGGGGAGGCAGAGCCUGGCCACUGUGAGUAUGCCUGAAGCAGUUAGGUGCAGCUGCUGCUCCCAGGGCCAGCAUCAAAAGGGUCCUGAUUGCAGAGGCCUGGGGCUGGCCCUCUCUGCUCCUCAAGAGUGCCGUGGGGGAAGGCUUGGAGGGACGUGAGGAUGGCACACAGGAGAUGCCAGCAGAGGGCAGGCAGCCAUGCUUACCCUUGACCCUGGCCCACCCGGGGCAUCUCAGGCAGGAUCUGGCCCCAGGCCCUGGGCAGAACCCAGAAGGAGUGCCCAUCGUCCCCCAGUCUGCUGCCAGCGUCAUCAGGCCACCCACCACGGGAGAAUGGAGGCACCUGCACAGGAAGGCUCCAGCUUCAAGGCAGGAGCUAUGGCCCAGGCAUCCGGUGGCUCCCCAGAGUCCCAUGAUGCCCAGCUGCCACCGCCACCUCAGCCCGAGGACCAGGAGGGGCAAGGGGAGGGGCUCGUGGAGCUGCACGCCUCCUUCCGGGAGCUGUUCACCUUCUUCUGCACCAACGCCACCAUCCAUGGCGCCACCCGCCUCGUCUGCUCCAGCCAGAACCGCCUCAAGACGGCAUCCUGGGGGCUGCUGUUCCUGGGUGCCCUGGGUGCACUCUACUGGCAGUUUGGGCUCCUCUUUGAGCAGUACUGGAGCUACCCGGUCAUCAUGACCGUGUCCGUGCACUCGGAGCGAAAGCUCUUCCCGUCGGUCACUCUGUGUGACAUGAACCCACACAGGCCGAGCUCAGUCCGCCACCAUCUGCAGGCACUCGAUCGGUUCGCCCGGGAGAACAUCCGCUCUCUCUACAAAUUCAACUUCAGCGAGGACGGGGAUGUCCCCCUUGCCGACGACCAGGGCCCACGGCCUGCCUUCUACCUGGACCGCAGCGUCCGUCUGCAGAGGCUGAGCCACCCAGGUGGCCAGAGCAGAGUGGGUUUCAGACUGUGUAACAGCACAGGCGGAGACUGCUUCUACCGGGCCUUCUCGUCAGGUGUGACAGCCGCCCGAGAAUGGUACCGCUUCCACUAUGUGAGCAUCUUGGCCCUGCUGCCCGCUGCCCACGAGGACAGCCACCAGAGCCACGGUGGCCACUUUGUCUUCUCUUGCCAAUUCGACGGCCGGGACUGCCAGGCCAGAGAUGACGCAGGUCAGAGUCCCUCAGGCCACAUGCAGUGGGGUCAUGGGUCAGAGGAGGGUGCUGGUCUGAGUGUGGCUCCCGGCUCCAGGCACUUCCAGACGUUCCACCACCCCACCUAUGGCAGCUGCUAUACCUUCAAUGGUGUCUGGGCUGCGCAGCGCCCGGGCAUCACCCAUGGAAUCAGCCUGGUCCUCAGGACUGAGCAGCAGGACCACCUCCCGCUGCUGUCCACGGAGGCUGGCAUCAAAGUCAUGAUUCAUGAACGUGACCACACACCUUUCCUGGAGCACCAGGGUUUCAGCAUCCGGCCAGGGACCGAGACCACCAUCGGCAUCCGAGAGGACGAGGUGCGCCGGCUGGGGAGCCCCUAUAGUCACUGCACCGACGGUGUGGAGGGUGUGGGUGGGCAGCUGCUGUACAAUGCCUCCUAUACCCUGCAGGCCUGCCUGGUAUCCUGUUUCCAGCAGCUCAUGGUGGAGACCUGCUCCUGCGGCUACUACUUCUACCCUCUGCCGGCAGGGGCCCAGUACUGCAGCUACUCCCGGCACCCAGCCUGGGGCCACUGCUUCUACCGCCUCUACAGGGACCUGGGGACACACCGACUUCCUUGUGCCUCCCGCUGCCCCAGGUCCUGCAGGGAGUCUUCCUACAAGCUCUCUGCCGGGACCUCGAGGUGGCCUUCCUCCAAGUCAGCUCACCCUGAGGGCUGGGAGGAGCAGUGGCCACAACAAGGCUUCUGUGUGCAGGACUGGAUCCUGGCUGCGCUGGGCAAGCCAGGCCGCAGGAGCUCAAGCCAGAGCAAGAGCCCAAGCCCAAGCCUCAGGAGCAACAUGGCCAAGGUGAACAUCUUCUACCAGGAGCUCAACUACCGAACAGUGGAGGAGACACCCGUUUACUCGGUGCCCGAGCUGCUCUCAGCCAUGGGCAGCCUCUGGAGCCUGUGGUUCGGCUCCUCUGUCCUCUCUGUCCUGGAGCUGUUGGAGCUGCUGCUCGAUGCCGUAGCCCUCACACUGCUACUGGGCUGCCGCCGGCUCCGCAGAACUCAGGGGUCCCAGACAGGGGCAGCCACAGUGGCGUCCCACGCCAAGCCGGAGGCCAGCCAGUUGCCCACUGACUGCAGGAACGACGUUAAUCAUCUGGGGGGCCCUGCUGGCCUCUUCUCCCAUGCCGCUUCUGGGAGCUGUGGCAGGAAUCUUUGCUGAAGAGUUAGGCCAAGUGAGAGCCCCAGCCUCCUGUCACCUGAACCAGCCUGAGCUUGUUCUGAGCCCGAGGAAUAUGGGAGCGGUGGGCUCUCCUGGCUGCCCAGAGUGAACCAGACCAGCCCCACAGAGCCACCACCAGGCAGCCAAGCCAAGCCCAGGGCCCAGGAAGCAGCAGCACGGAGCCCGCAGGCAGGCAGGCAGGCACCAGGGUGCCCAGCCCAUUGGUGGCCUCUCAUCAGCCCAGUGGUGGCCUCACUCAAGGAGGCCCAGGGCAGGGGGGAGGGGAGUGUCCCCACCACUCUGGAUUCCUGCGUCUAGUCUGUACGUACCCGUGAGUGUGUGCAUGCACGGGGGUGGGGGGGACCUCCACAUGGGAGUGUGCCUGUGUUUGGUGUCACUGUCACGCAAAAACGUACGUGUGCUUCUGAGUGUGCCAACGUAUCUGUCUACACCUAUGUGUAGGUGUGUGCGGGCAUCAGGCAGAGCCUUCCUUAACUCAGGACAGGUGGAAGGAAGGGUAGGGCCAGGCCAAGGUAACCUUGGUGACCUUGGGCUGCUUUGUAAUAAAACUUGUGAUCUCA